AUGCUCAACUCACAGAGAGCUGGUCACAGAAAGCCAAUCGUCUUUAAGGAGCCAGGUGUUUAUGAUGGAGAGGUACCAGAAACUUUUGAUCAACACCCAGAUAUGAUGGCACCUGAUGAUGAUCCCUACUUGAACAGGAAUCCAAGUGCAGUUAUCAACUACUUUGUUGGAGCAUUCGCAGUUUUGGCUGGCGUCGGUUUCGCUUGCUAUAUGUUUAUCAACCCAACAAGAAAGGAAGUUGUGAGUAUUAGUUUGGUUGUCAGAUGA